AUGAAGUGGAGGCUCUGCGGAUCGGAGACGCAGCACGCCAGCCUGCCCCAGCCCCGCCUCUACUCGUGGGAGCGGCCACAGUCCAACGUGCUGUCCAUCGUGGCUGGGGUUGUCGGUGCCAUUUUGGCCAUCGCCAUCUUGGCUGGUAUUGGAUUCAUCAUCUACAGAUGCCAUGCAGGGAAGAAGGAGAAAGGCUACAACACGGCGCCCAGCCAGGAUGGUGGAUCCAGCAGCUCAUGCACAGGGAGCAACCAAACCAUCUGAGUGCUGUGCUACAGUCUGCAAUGGUCCAACUGGCCACACGAACACUUGGGACUGGUGAUGGACACAGCCCCAUCCUCUCAACCUCUCACAUCUCCCUCUGCUUCCUAUGCUGUUAUGCUUUGCCUGUGCUGAUUCCUGAAAUAUAAAGUGUACAUUCUGCUCUAUGCCGUGCUUGGAGCUGGGGGGGUAAAGGGACCUUGGUCUGGUCUGGCUGCUUAGGGUAUUGAGAACCCACUGCCCUCUCCCCCUGCACCUGCUGCUCACUGCCCCCAUUCUUCUCCUCAUCCCUCAUCACUUCCCCCCUGUUUCCCCAUGUAUUUGGCUGCCUGCUACCCAUCCUUGAUCAAUUCUGGUUUUCCCAAUGCCAUCCCUGUGAGCUGGAAUGUGGUCUCCUUGUCGCUCCUCCCAGCUGUCCCUGCAUAUCCCCACCCAACUUGGUGUCCUGCAGCACUUCCCCUCCCACCCCCAUCCUGCUGCCUUUCCAAUCCUCACCCACAAACUUCCCCACUCCACAUCCCUCCUCCCACACAUCCCCACGCUCUCGUGUCCCUGCUGUGUCCCCUCCAGCUCCGUGACCCUCCCACACUGUACUCCAUACCCAAAGAAAUACAAUUGUUCUGAAGCCCUCCAGCCCUCUUCUGGUUCAUUCAAGCCCCCCUCCCCCUCCCCCCCCAGCACUGCCCAGCUACAAACAAGGAAUCAAAAUACGAAGGGCCCUACCAAGUGCUUCAGACCUCUCAUAUGGCAGCUAAGGUGGAAGGACUUAUCCCGUGGAUAUACCACACCUUCCUGACACCUAUGGUUGCCAUUUGAGUACUACAAAUAGAAGUUUCAACAUUAAGUAAGGUAGUAUUGCAGAAUAGGAUGGUGCUGGACUUAACUAACAGCAAAGGAAGGGGGAGUUUGUGUAGUUAUUUAUCAGAGCUGCUGUGCUUAUAUAGAUGAGACGCAAAGAGUAGAGAUUGAUUUGCAGGCUAUGUGGGAACGUACUAAAGUGCUCCAUCAGGUUUCAUGAGAUGACACUUCCCUUGGUUUUACAGAGUUGCUGGAAAAGUUAACUGAUUGGCUCCCCAAUUUUGCCUGGUUAAAACAAUUGUUUCUGGCUUGCGUUGCAAUAUUGGCCUUGCUUGUUUUGAUGUGUAUAAUAUUGCGAUGUAUUAUGUGGCUUUGCAAAAAUACAGGAAAUAGCUAUGAGGAUUGGAAAAGACAUCGAUUACAGCAGAAGAUGGAAAAUGGAAGUUAUUUUAGAAAUGCUCUUUCUAGAAAUAGAAUCAUUUAGCAAAAGAUUUUGCUAGGUUCAAGAAAAGGGGGGAAUUGAAAGUAGUAAUUGGGUAAAUAGGGGCCUUUCAUGAAGAUUAAGCAUCCUAGGCUUUGGGGAAUGUCAGAAGAAAAGGACCAGUGGGACAUGUCAACAUUGCUAUAGUUACAGUACAUCUGGGUCUAUAGUUAAGACAAUACAGCUGGGUAUACGUAAGGGAAAGGUAGCUGAAGAAACUGGUUUUGACUGAUUGAGUGGAGGAGUUGGGUCAAAGCAACCUGAGGAAGUCUUCUGACUUCAUCCCAACAACCACCGGAGCGAGACCCCCACUAUGGACUGCACACCCGUCAGUAGGAGGGACAGCAUGUAAAUGAGUUCCCAGAAAAACAAUAAAUAUGAAUAUGUAUACACUUGCUCUAUAACUUCCUAACGCUCCUGUCUAUCGGGUCACAUGAUAGGAGGAGUGAUCCCCCAAGUGCCCAGAGCUGAAUAAACACAUACCUGCUUUAUAACCUAA